AUGCCAAAGAACAUGACCAAGCGAAGACGGAUGCUCGGGAUAGAGAGAUCAAGGCCCUCUCCUUGGCUAGAGCCCUUGAAGAAGUGCAAGAGGAGCGAGAUGAGUUGGAGAAGCCUAAGCCAGAGCCUGUUAAGAAGGGAUCUGGAGAUGGUGGUGCUGCGGGGCCGAGCGAGGGCGGAGAAGGCGGAAGAUCUUUCUGCUGAGCCCGCUGAUGGGGCUGAUGUGAAUGCAGAGGCCAAGAGACUCAUGGCAAUGAGUAGCCAGGACCUGGUCAUGAAAGAUGUUCCCUCUGCCGUCAGUGCCUUACAGAAAGCCAGCGGUCUGCUGGAGAAGAAAUACCAGGAGACAGACGACCAGCAUGCAGUUGGUGUCUACUACUGUGAGAUGGCUCUCCUAGAGCCUAAACGAUUGGAGAACAAUAUCCUGAGUGAACCUCUGGAGGGUUUUCCAGAAGGCGACGAGUCUGGUGAAGAUCCCGAUGUCCCCAGUGCCUCCAACCUUGAUGAGAAAGAGGAGGAGGAGUUAAGAAGGCAAGGAUAUGGUCCCAUGUCCAUGAAGGAUGAAAAGGCUAAUAAAGUGAAUGGAGACUCCAAAGAAACAGAGGCCGAAGAAGCUAAGGCCGAGGUCUUGAAAUGGGAGAAAUCCUCGGAUGUUCCAGAGACCAAAGUUAAGGCGGAAUGA